UGCCAUGAAAAAUCGCGGCGUUACGCGGCGGGUGUUUUGUUUUGACAAGUGUCAACAUUGGUGGUUGUUUCGCAUUUUCUUUCUUUUUAGACCGUAAUCAGUGGCCCUUGUUCGGUUCAAUUCAGAAAACGAAAAUGUUUUCACACAGGCAGGUUCAUCACGCUUCUACGAACGCCAAACUUUUUCUGUGACUGUUAAUAUUUAGGAUCAUUUCACAUCUUCAACAUGUCAGACGAAAGGCUUGUGACUGAGGUCCCCAGCAGCCUCAAACAACUGGCCCGCUUAGUUGUUCGUGGGUUCUACAGCAUUGAGGACUCCCUCAUGGUUGAUAUGCUCGUGAGGAACCCAUGUAUGAAAGAAGAUGACAUCUGUGAACUCCUCCGUUUCGAAAGAAAAAUGCUUCGCGCUAGAAUAGCAUCUUUACGGGCUGAUAAGUUCAUCCAAGUAAGGUUGCGUAUGGAGACUGGGCCAGAUGGAAAGGCUCAGAAAGUCAACUAUUAUUUUAUUAAUUACAAGACUUUUGUCAACGUUGUGAAGUACAAACUGGAUAUGAUGAGAAAACGUAUGGAAACGGAAGAACGUGAUGCUACAAGUAGAGCAAGUUUUCGCUGCCCUGGCUGCUUGAAAACAUUCACUGAUCUAGAGGCAGAUCAACUAUUUGACAUGGAAACCGGGGAGUUUAGGUGUACUUAUUGUCGUCAAGUUGUUGAAGAAGAUCAAUCUGCUAUGCCUAAAAAGGAUUCUCGUCUCCUGCUAGCAAAAUUUAAUGAACAACUAGAACCUUUAUAUAUACUGUUACGGGAAGUAGAGGGCAUCAAAUUAGCACCAGAAAUUUUAGAACCUGAGCCUGUUGACAUCAAUACUAUUCGAGGGCUUGACCUCAAGAAGGGCUCUAGUCUUAGACCAGCGGGAGAGAACUGGUCCGGAGAAGCUACUAGAGGUCAUGGCUUUGCUGUGGAAGAAGCAAGGGUUGAUGUUACUAUUGGAGAUGAGGAUGCCAAUGCAAAUGCUUCUGGUGCACCACGAAAAGAAAGGCCAGUUUGGAUGGUGGAAAGUACUGUCAUGUCAUCAAGCGACCAAAUGGCUGAUCGCAUGGACAGUGGGUUACCAGACAUGGCAGCAGUGGCUGCUGCUGCAGAAAGAUCAUCAGUAUCCAUGAAUUCGGCUAAGACAAACUCAGCAACAAAUGAGGACAUCAUGUCGGUGUUACUGGCCCAUGAGAGACCCGCCGAAGCAGCACCAAGUGCUGCAUCUGUUACUGCAGCAGAAGCUUUAGGAAUCAAAUCAGAAAGCCUUGACAACAUAGUGAAAGCUGAGCCAGAAAUCAUGGAUUCAGAUGACGAUGACAUGGAGCCAACAGUAUCAGUUGGUGGCCGAAUCGUGCCUCUGAGUGAAGUCAAUGAUGAUUUGGUCGCUCAGAUGACCCAGAGUGAAAAGGAUUCAUACAUCCAACUAUUUCAGGAUCAUUAUUCUCAUGUUUAUGACUGAUGUUGAUUUUGUCUGAGUUAUGGUAAUUUAAUGCAGUCAAUGGAGUCAAAGAAAUCAAUUUUAAAUGUAGGUCAGAUUUAAUCAAUUUUCCUGGUAAGAUAGAAGUGGGCUCAUGCUCAGUUACUUAUUUCGGUUUUACUCUUAGAAAUAUUCAUAGCUAUAUGAAAACAUAUUUUCUUGAGACUGAUGUUGAAAAAUAAAAAUAUUAUGUUGAAUAA